UAGUGACGUCAUCUCCCCCCGCCCUGUGUGUCAGUUCCACGCUGCUGUCUUGAAUGGGUCAAGACUGAAAAGAAAAAAAAAAAACCGUCCGGCCUCUCGCUUUUAAACGGGUUACCCCUAUGUCCCUACGUACAUUCUGUAACGGACAACAGACCUGUCACGCGCCGACAGAUCAGAAAAUCUUAAAUUUGAGCUCACCGUGUUGCUGGUAGAGUCAUGACCCUGAGACAAGCCAAUGGCUGCAAACAGCUGACCUUGACCAUUAGCCUGACCCUGACUCUAGGCCUGCUGCAAUGGCCAAUAGGAGAUGUUAGUGGUCAGGAUGGACUGUCUCCUGCUCAAGUCCUUCAGGAGCUGCUGACACGCUAUGGUGACAACACCAGCAUCUCUGUCCCUCAGCUUCGAUCGCUCCUCAUUCGGUUAAAUGGAGGGCAGAGUGGAGAACAUGACGCACAAACACAGCCCACCAAAACCAAUGCAUCUAAGUGCUUGGCUGCAGACACUCUGGCAGCGUAUGGGAUGAGCGAACAGUCUCGUAUAGAUGAACGAGGCCUGCAGGAGAUCUGCCCUACCAUGAUACAGCAGUUGGACUCACAAGCAUGCAAGACCCAACAGGACCAAGAGUCCGAGACCAGCCCCAGACCCACUUACGCUGAGGUUUGGGGGUAUGGUUUCCUGUGUGUGACAGUGAUAUCUCUGUGUUCACUGGUCGGGGCGAGUGUGGUUCCCUUCAUGAGGAAAACCUUUUACAAGCGGUUGCUGCUGUACUUCAUAGCCCUGGCCAUUGGUACUCUGUACUCCAACGCCCUCUUUCAACUAAUCCCAGAGGCCUUUGGAUUUGACCCUAUGGAGGAUUAUUAUGUGCCCAAGUCCGCUGUUGUGUUUGGAGGAUUCUACCUGUUCUUUUUUACAGAGAAAGUCCUGAAGAUGAUCUUAAAGCCAAAGGACAAGGGAGGGCAUGGACACGGACACAGUCACUUCCCUGCAGAGCGCUAUGCCAACUCCAAUGGCGACUUGGAGGAUGGUGUGAUGGAGAAACUGCAGAAUGGAGAGGCUGGAGGAGCAUCUUUACCCAGAGUGGAAGGAGAUGUUAGAGGGGUUGGAGAAGAUGACAAGAUGCUGAGCACUGGGCAGACUGUACAGGACGCUCAGAGUUCAGGUGGUGCUGGAACGGGUGGAUGUUAUUGGCUGAAAGGCAGGGCAUACUCUGACAUCGGUACUCUGGCGUGGAUGAUCACUUUGAGCGACGGUCUCCAUAAUUUCAUAGAUGGUUUGGCUAUCGGAGCCUCCUUCACUGCUUCUGUGUUCCAGGGCAUCAGUACAUCAGUGGCAAUUCUGUGUGAGGAGUUUCCACAUGAGUUGGGUGAUUUUGUAAUCCUGCUAAACGCUGGCAUGAGCAUCCAGCAGGCGCUGUUCUUUAACUUCCUGUCAGCGUGCUGCUGUUAUCUGGGCAUGGGCUUCGGCAUCCUGGCUGGGAACAACUUCUCUCCUAACUGGAUCUUUGCUCUAGCCGGGGGCAUGUUCCUCUACAUUGCACUGGCUGAUAUGUUUCCAGAGAUGAACGAGGUGAGUCGUGAAGAAGAGGAGGCCGGAGGAAGUGGCUCUCUGGUCACUUUCGCCAUCCAGAACGCAGGACUGCUCACAGGAUUUGCUAUCAUGCUUCUACUUACCAUCUACUCUGGACAGAUACAGCUUGGAUAGCAGAGGACUUAAACACAAACUCAGACCCUGAGGGACUAACUCAGCACCUGGACUUAAACCUGAGACCUACUGGAACCUCCAGACUUAAAUAUGAGCCAGCUGUGCUGGCUUGUUUUAAAAUGUUUGCCCAGCUGGACUAGGUCAUGAUGACAUAAAUUGAAAUCUUAUGGGCACAAACCCUGGACUGUUUGAAUGAAGCUAGAAUUAACUGACUUGUGAAUUUUGCUUUAAAUUCAUCCAAAACCCAGACCUAUGGAUGGAUGCUUUACCAUUCAUCUAGUUUAGGCCUUCUCUCGUUCUUUUGUCUCAAAGCUUUAGGACACAAUGUCCCUGUACUGAGUGGAUUCCAGUACCCUAACAUGUACAUCUGGGUAAUUUUGUAUUGAUUUCUAUGUUCUAAUGUUAAUUUUUUUUCAACAAAAAGUCUCUUUCUUUCGGAGACAGAGCACCUUUGUAUUCCCGACCAUGAGGAUUAGAGUAUUGUCCACUGACUGACAUGUAACAGAUGGGAUAAAACUUGACUCAUUUUAAUGACAUUUGGUCAAAUGCAGGUUGUUUCUGAUGCUUCAAACCAAAUGGUUUUGUUUAUUCAAUAGAAAAAAAUAAACAACGAAAAAGUAAAAAUGCUUAGGGACAAGAUAUAUAGAUGCUAUAUAGACUAGUUAGUUGGCACUCAUAAUUCUACUGAACUGAACGUCACGUAGGUCACUUUAAUCAAAGGUUACUCUGCACUGUUGCAUAAGUAGCUUUUAGUUUAAAUACAAAGCAGUGUCUGUUCACAAAUUUAUCCGUACUUAGUUUCUCCCCUCAACGUCAUUCCAUAAUAGCAAGCAAAAAGCUUGAAACACUAAGGAUUCAUUUGUUAUUGAUUUUUUUUUUUUACUACUAUAAGAAAUAAGCAGAGACCAAGUUUCUUUGAGAGAAAUCUCCUCCAACUUUUCUUUCCAUUUAUAUGACCAGAAUAAUUGGUGCACAUUUUUAUUGUACCCUCCUCUCAACCUUGCAUAUUAAUUGACAGACAGAAAAAAGAUCACACCGACUUCAGUUUAUAAUUGCUCUCAAUUUAUCAUGAUGCUGGUUAUUAUUUAUUAGAUAAUAAAUACUCUUUAAUAAUAUUUUCCACAUCCUUUCAUUUAAUAUGAAUGCAGUACUCUUCAUAUUUUAAGAAAUAAUUAGGAAAUGCAAGCAAAAUGUGUGCAUAAAGGUGGUGUCGUAGUGACUCUACAAUAAUACGAUCAUUCCUUAUAACUUUCUGGUCGAACCUUACGAUACGGUCCCAUUGGUUAACUUUAGUUAACUACAUUAGUAAACUAACAAUGAAAAAUGCUUCUAAAUCAUAUAUUAAUCUUAGUUCAUGUUCAUUUCAGCAUUUACUAAUAUAUUAUUAAAAUCAAAAGUAUCUGCUAAAAUUAUUUAAUGUACCUGAGCUAACAUUAUCUAACAAUGAACGGUUGUAUUUGUAUUAGCUAACAUUAUCAAAGAUAAAUAAACACUGUAAUAAUAAAUAUAUUAGGCAUUGCAUUAACCAAAGUUAACAAAUGGAACCUUAUUGUACAGUGUUACACUUUUCCUUUAUAUAUAGCACUACAGUACACUACUUAGAGCUCUUUGCUAAUUUAGCAUUUAGACUGACAGGACCCACUUGAAUACAUUUCGAAUACCAUUUAAAGCUGAAGUAUGUAAUUUCUGUGGCACUAGUUUAUUCAAAAGUUAUUGCAAAAUCCUGACUGUUUGUUCGGAUAGGUUCACACAAAUGACUUAUACCUUUGUUUCUGCAUAUUAAGAUCGGAUUUUAGUAUUGAAAAAAGACACUUCAGCUUUAAAAUGGCUUGAAUUUUAGAAGUUAAUUAGGACUGUUCUUAUACAUAUGGUCUUAUGAUACAGAUAUGUUAUAUUUCUAUGCAGCAAAAUACAAUUUAAAUAGAACAAACUAUGAAAUUCAUUAAUUGAUCUUGCGCUUCAGAUCAACCUUUGCUCACAAUACAGUAGAUCCCCUGUUACGACUUUUGUCUUCCAGAUAAAAUGUAUUCUUCCAUUAUGCUUCCAUUGCUUAGUAAUAUUCUUAAUAUUCUGCAUAAGGAUUGAACCCGACACCCCAGUAUGCUGUUUAGCAAACAGCUACACGAUCAUUCUGUUCAUUGUUUGAAAUGUAAUUUUAGAACUGAAUGUGAAGCAUAUGGUCAACAGAUCUGAGUGUAACUUUUUUUCAGGGUUGUAAUUGCAUAUUCUGUGCAUUUAGACUAUCAGCGUUACUUUUCUAUAAUGCCCCUUUGUCUGUUAAGUGUAUGUAGAAGUUGCGAAGUUGUGCAGUACAAGUUAGUUGAAACCAUUAUUUCAGCUGGCGUCUUAUUGCUAUGCAUUGACGUCCUCUGAAGUGAGUUUAUGCCUUAAAGAGAGGAGGAAGUCUCAACACCAUCAUUUAGUGGGAAAAGUUUUAAGUUUUUGUACCUCAUUUUAAAUUCAGUGAUAUUUAAAGACUUUUGUAGUGUAGAAUGUGUGUGAAUGUUUGUGAUUUUGCUAUUGAUUUAUGUAUUUUGUCAUCAGUAAUUGUAUUUAAAUGAUAAGAGGGGAGCUGUUCUUUAAAUUUUGUUGCUGUAAGAGAGUAUGUGAGCAAAUCAGCAUCUCAUUGUUUUAUUUUCAUAGUGGAUGGUGGAGGCCAGUGUACCUGGCUAUGAUGAAGGCAUUAUGUUUAUUACUGUAAACAUCUUAAGUGUUUUGUGACUCAUACUUGUGCAACAUGUGAAAUCUGAUUGCUGGUAACUAUUUUUUCUUUUUCUUUUGAAAUAUUAAGCCAUGGGUUUUAAGUUCAUCUUUUGUGCAAUGGAAGAAAAAAAACAUGAUCCAAAACUGAAA